AUGUUUGGUACAGCCCACUCUACCUAUGACACUCCUGACUGGCCUAAUGCUUUUGGCGUAGGCCAGUUUGGUCAAGGAACCCGUAAACGGUCCGCUCGCUAUGCUGAUAGCGACCAAGAGGAAGAAGAUGAUGGAUUGAUGGCUCUCGGGUGCAAGAAACCACGUACAUCCUCCAUAGACACAAACCAAACAUCGUCGUUCCUUCCAUCCCACCCGAAUGUUGCCAUGAAUGCGUUUAUCUCCCCUCCCGUCACCCCUACCCCGAUGCCUCGACGUCAGGUUUCGGACGUUGCGAUGGAAGACUUGGAUAUGGCAGAUUCCCAACCGGCUAGCCAGAAUGAUUGGGACUCAUACGUGGAUCCCCAUAUCCCUUCUUUUGUUCAGCAGGAGUCGAACCUUAGUAUUAUUAGCAUGCUUGACGCCGAGGAUCAGGAUAACCAUAUUCAACGGCCACAUACUCCAGGGAUCAUCAUGAGGGACAUGACAAGGUUGGAGGUUAGUCCGUCUAGUGAGAUCCAGAGCCGUGGAUGGAUGGGAAUGACAGCGGUCGGGGAAACCAUGCAACAAAAGCGACAUCAACAAGACGAAGCCGGGGACUCGGGAAUUGCUACCUCGAAGGGACGAUUUACGAUGGGGUACAGGGCCGACUGCGAGAAGUGCAGGAAUAGAGUACCAGGACAUUAUGCCCAUCCUCCUACUUUUUGA